AUGGGUCCACUAUUACACGCACUGAACUUACUCUUCGCCCAUGUCGUCUACGGCUCACUACCUCCAUCUCCCGAAUGCCACGACGUCUGCGGCCAAGCAAGAGCGAUGAACCCGCGAGACCGCCUUCAGUUAAGACGUCUUCAACCAUCUUUGAAGUUAUCCCCUCACAGAUACAAGCAGGACAUUACUCGUCUAAUCAAAAUUACUCAGUAUGAGAUUCGGGACGGAAUCAUGGCCAGAGUGUCCUUGGGUACGAUACGCAGAGGCAGAUUUCACAAAGAAAAGGUAGCAAUCAAGGUGUUCAAUGGAGGUUCGUCCUCUCCCUCCUUCACCGCCUCCCUGAAGAAGAUGUUGGAAGAGUCUUCUCGCACUUGGAGUCGCGUCGAUCACCCAAACCUAGUACCUUUCUAUGGGGUUGCAUACAGCCUCUUCUACAUGCCGGCGCUGGUCUACCCAUUUUACGCCAAGGGAAAUAUACUGUCGUAUCUAGAGAACAAAUGGCCCGGAGAUAUAGAUCGUGACACCUCUGAUAGAUCAACGACUAUACUCAAGCUUAUGACGGACGCCGCCAAGGGACUAGAAUAUUUGCAUGCCUUCGAUCCGCCAAUAAUACAUGGCGAUGUUCGAGGUGCUAGCAUAUUCGUCAACGACAAUGAUUGCGCGAUGCUCUGCGAUUAUGGGCUGACCUUAUCUAUGCCCGAAGACCUUCCUGAUCACGUCUUUGCAAGGCCCGUCGGUGUUGCCCGUUGGAUGGCUCCCGAGAUCAUGUCCACGAUCGCACACGAAGAAAAAUACGGACCUCCGAUGGGUCGCACCAAGCAGACAGAUAUUUACGCCUACGCAAUGACGAUCCUCGAGGUUUACACCGGACUCCCUCCAUUCGGGCAACUUGUUACCGAUGAAAAAGGGACACACCCAGUCGUCCGCAUUGACGCCGAUGCCGUCACCAUUGUCCUCAAAGGCGGCCGGCCUCCUCUCUCUGAGAGCAUUCGAUCGAACGAAGUUCUUCGAGAUCUCGUAGAGAGAGCGUGGGACAUGGCUCCUGGGAAUAGACCCGACGCCGCUGAAAUCGUACGAAUAUUAGAACUCAUGGCCCCCAAGGCCCCUGAAGAGGCCCACCUAGCUUCAACACUCGUUUCCCCUGGAGGGGCUCGUUCCCUGGGGCCAUAUUCGGACUUCUGUCAAAUCUGGAUAUGA